AUGGAUGUAAGGGACUUUUUUUCUUUUCUUGAUAGAGUUAUUAGGGAAUACUUUCAAAACGUCUACUACUGCUUACCUAACAUCCCUUUAUCUAGAGGGAUUCGUCCCAUUGUAGAUGAUUUGGAUUUUGCCCAGUUUAUAGAUACCAGGUAUGAAUACGGGGAAAUUUCAGUUUAUGCUGAUCAUAUUAGGAAUGGGUUGGAGGAAUCGUGGGAUGAUGACACAAAUCUGGUUGUUAGUGAAGAUAAUGAAAAUGGCCUUGAAGAUCAUGGUGAACCUAAAAAUGAAGGAAACACUGCCCCUGAUGAAACACAUCCCAAUAUAGGUCUUGAAGAUGAAGUAAUUGACAUUGACAAAAUACCUUUGAAUAAGACAAGUGGGGAUGAGUUUCUUUGUAAUUUAUAUCCUUCAGAAGGUGAUACUGGUGAUAAUGAAGUUGAAGAAGAAGAUGUUGAGAUCCAUUCCAUUUUUAACCAUGAUUUACAAUGGAAUAGGCAAUUACAUGUUAUUGGGGUGAAAUUUAAAAUUCCAAAGCAGCUGAAAAAUAUGUUAUGUAACUAUGUUGUGGCAAAUGGAUACCAACUAUGUUUCAAGAAGAGUAACAGUAAAAGGUUGUUAGUGGUGUGUUACAAAGGAGCUUACCCAUUCUAG